AUGAUUUCAGUAAGAAGUGGUUUGGCUGCUGCUGAAGGCCAUUGCCUCAAUAUCUUUGGCAAUUGCAGAAGAGACACCUGCAGAACUGUGGAGGAGGAGAUCGGUGCCUGUCGGAGAAGGUGGAAAUGCUGUAGAAAAUGGUGGGUUCUUCAACCAGUUCCAACGCCAGUGGUCAAUUCAGACUAUCAAGAACCCCUUAGGCCUAGAUUGAAAUGA